UUCUCAUACGUGUGGGAUGCGAGGAGCUCGUGUAAUCUAUUUUAAAUUGAUAGAAGGUCGACCAUCGAGAGGUACACCAGUUGCGUCGAGCGAUGCUAACUGUGUAUGCCUCGAAAUGUUCUGGAGAGCUGAUGAUGCUGCUACAGACAGACAUACAAAUGUAUGUAGAUCAGAUUUGGGUCGAACUGGGGGUGAAAAUUGGCCCAAAAUAAUGUUGAAUGUGUGACCCGCAGCAGGAAGAAACGAAUCGAAGCUAAACGAAUUAAUCGAUUUGCCAGUUUGGCCCGCAAAAAUCAUUAUGAUGUCCUUAACUUGCGUAGAAACUGUUCCGACAAAGAAAUCAAAGAUGCUUUUAUACAGAUGAGUAAAGAGUUUCAUCCUGAUAAAAACAAAGAUGCAAGAGCUCAAGAAAAAUUUGUCCGUAUUGUGGAAGCUUACAAUGUUUUGGGGAAACCUUGCAGUCGAGCACAGUAUGACAGCACUUUUGCAAUGGAGUCAUACCGCACUACACCAUAUACACCAUACACAGCAUACACUUAUAAAAGAUACAACAACUAUGGUGCCAAUCCCCAGUACAGUAACUUCUAUCAAGCAACACAAGGUAAAAGUAAAAAAACAAAUCAGCAAGCAAAAAGUCAUGCCAAUACGACCGCAGCAGUCAACAGAAAAGUACCAAACUACGUCAUCAUUAUGGUUUGCUGUGGCAUUACUGUUGUCGGAGCUAUACUGCAAGGAUUUGUUAUUAGAGAAAUGUACAUGGUACAUAGAAAACAAACUCAAGAAAAGUCAAAACGCUUAGCAGAAGAGCUGGAAAAAGUGAGAGGUAGCGCCCGCAGUAAUGGAAAUGAGUUACAAACCCGUUUAUUACUGGAAAAGAUUGUGGCAGCAGCUAACCCCACUGUGGCCACGGCUUCGCUCGGUCAGACGCUGGCAGAAGAAAAAAAAGGCUACGAUGUGCAACUGGUCUCUGAAGAUGAAGUUGCUGACGAGUCAGAUUGGUCAUACAACGAAUUUAUACUUGCCCAUUUAAAGGUAACUUGCUAUUGGAUAGUUUUUAAUUUGUCACGUCAAUACGUGACAAAUUAAAAACUAUCCAAUAUUAUAUUAAUAUAGCGCUUGGUUACCUUGUUGAAUUGAGUUAAUAACGAAUGAGACUAGAUAAAUCAUCCCGGAUUUUGACUUUGUGUAGGAUGUGAUUUCAAUGCCUUUUUAUAUAAGUCGCAUAAG